AUGUCUGACGACGAAAAGCGCCAUAGCGCUGACCACAGUACUGUGGCAGUCGAUGACAAGCCUCAAUCCCAGCCCAAGCGCAAACUGUUUGGUGGGUCCAAGAAGAGUGCGUCUGACAAGGAGAAAGCGAAGGAGGUAGAGAAGGCAGCCGAGGCAGCCAAUACGACUCCUAUGAUCGCGCCUGUCGGAUUCACCGAACUCUUUCGAUUCUCCACUCCCUUUGAGCUCACUCUCGAUGCGAUUGGCUUAGUUGCAGCUGCGGCCGCUGGUGCUGCCCAACCUCUCAUGUCCCUACUCUUUGGCCGUCUUACACAGGAUUUUGUCGAUUUCACCAUAGCCAUCAAUAACGGAAGCGACCAAAUCGAGACCGCCAGGCGUGCAUUUGAGAAAAAUGCGGCCAACAAUGCGAUGUACCUUGUGUUUAUCGGUAUCGGCAUAUUUGUUUGCACGUUUGUUUACAUGUACUUUUGGAUCUAUACCGGCGAGGUCAAUUCGAAGCGCAUCCGUGAACGCUAUCUUCAAGCAGUCCUACGCCAGGAUAUUGCUUACUUUGACAAUCUUGGCGCUGGUGAAGUAGCUACCCGCAUUCAGACCGAUACCCACUUGGUUCAGCAAGGCAUGUCAGAAAAGGUGCCGCUUAUUGUUAGCUACCUUGGUGCUUUCUUCACCGGUUUUAUCUUGGCAUAUAUUCGUUCUUGGCGUCUUGCCCUUGCCGUAUCGUCCAUUUUGCCAUGCAUCGCGAUCACCGGGGCCAUUAUGAACAAGUUUGUUUCUACCUACAUGCAGCUUUCUCUGGAGUCUGUUAGUGCAGGCGGAGGAUCAUUGGCAGAAGAGGUUAUCUCUACCAUUCGCACAGCACAUGCGUUUGGCACUCAGAUGACUUUAGCCGAACGCUACGAUGUCUUUAUCAACAAGGCAUAUAUGUUCGACAACAAGGCGGCCGUUAUCCAGGGCUGCGGCUUGGGUGUAUUUUUCUUCGUUAUUUACGGUGCCUAUGGCUUGGCAUUCAACUUUGGCACAACGCUCAUCCUUCAGGGACAUGCCUCAGCCGGUACCGUGGUCAACGUAUUCAUUGCAAUCUUGAUCGGUUCUUUCUCUUUGGCUAUGCUUGCUCCCGAACAACAGGCCGUUUCUCAUGCCCGCGGUGCAGCUGCCAAACUAUUCCAAACCAUUGACCGUGUUCCUCCCAUCGAUUCACUCUCUGAUGCCGGCCUCAAGCCUGAGAAGCCUGGUCCCGGAAAGAUCGAGCUCCGCAACGUCAAGUUUGAUUACCCAUCCCGUCCUGAUGUCCGUAUCCUCAAGGAUCUUACUCUUACCUUCGAGGCUGGCAAGACUGCUGCUCUCGUUGGUGCUUCUGGCUCAGGCAAGAGUACCAUCAUUGCUUUGAUCGAGCGCUUCUACGAUCCUCUUUCUGGUAGCGUUCUGCUAGAUGGUGUUGACCUGAAGCAGCUCAACGUUCGCUGGCUCCGCUCUCAGAUUGGUCUCGUUUCUCAGGAACCUACUCUUUUCGCAACUACUAUUGAAGAGAACGUCGCUCAUGGUCUUGUCGGUGGCAAGUACGAUCACGUCAUCCGCGGUUGCGAACGUGGUGAGGAGGAAGCUCUCAAGGAGCGACGCCGCUUGGUUGUCGAAGCAUGCGAGCGCGCCAACGCUAGGGACUUUAUCGAGCGUCUUCCUGAAGCUUGGAAGACCAUGGUCGGCGAACGCGGGUUCUUGCUUAGCGGUGGCCAAAAGCAACGUAUUGCGAUUGCUCGUGCUAUUGUCUCUGAUCCCAAGGUCCUGCUCCUCGACGAGGCUACCUCUGCUCUCGAUACUCAAUCCGAAGGAAUCGUUCAAAACGCCCUCGACAAGGCUGCUGCUGGACGCACGACUAUUACGAUUGCCCAUCGCCUGUCAACGAUCAAGGAUGCUGACCAGAUUUAUGUCAUGGGUGACGGAAUGGUUCUCGAACAAGGCACACACAACGAACUUUUGCGCAAUGCUGACGGCCACUAUGCGGCUCUUGUCGAGGCGCAGAAGCUGCGUGAGGAGGAAUCCAAGGGGCAAACUGCCAAACAAUUCGACUCGGAUAACGAGGAUGAUGCCAAGACCGCACCCGUCGACCCCAGCUCCGAAAAGGCCAGUCUUCCCGCCGAAGACAUGGAACCUCUUAAGCGCACCACAACUGGUACCCGCUCGCUCGCCUCGGAGAUUUUGUCGGCACGCGAAAAGGGGGAUGGCAAGCGCUAUGGAAACAAGGACCACAGCUUCACUUAUCUGUUCAAACGUAUGGGCCUCAUCAACCGUGAUAGCUGGAAACUUUACGUCUGGGGAUGCCUGGCUGCGAUCGUAACCGGCCUGGUUUACCCUGUGAUGGGUAUCGUAUAUUCGCAGGCCAUUGUCGGAUUCUCCGACCGCGACCGGGCCAAAGUUCGUCGCUCGGGUGACCGCAAUGCGCUCUGGUUCUUCAUUAUUGCGAUUGUCUCGGCUAUCUCCAUUGCUAUCCAGAACUUGGUCUUUGACAUUGGUUGGUUUGACGAGGACAAGCACUCGACUGGUGCUCUUACUUCCACGCUCUCCGACAACCCUCAAAAGGUGAACGGACUGGCAGGUGUUACCCUCGGUGCUAUAGUCCAAAGCAUUGCUUGCUUGAUCGGUGGUUCCGUCAUCGGUCUUGCCUAUGGCUGGAAGCUCGCUCUCGUUGCCAUCGCCUGUAUCCCGCUCGUCGUGUCGACCGGUUAUAUUCGUCUCCGUGUUGUCGUGCUCAAGGAUCAGUCGAACAAGGCCGCCCACGAAGAGUCUGCUCAAGUUGCAUGCGAAGCUGCUGGUUCCAUCAAGACUGUUGCUUCCCUUACCCGCGAAAAGGAUUGCUGCGACAACUACAGCCGAUCGCUUGAAGUCGAUGACCUUUUUGUUAUCGCGCUUGUGUUCUGGUACGGUUCCAAGUUGGUUGGUUCUCAAGAGUAUUCGACCAAUGCGUUCUUCAUUUGCUUGAUGAGUACCACCUUCGGUUCUAUCCAAGCCGGUAACGUUUUCAUGUUCGUGCCGGAUAUGUCCUCUGCCAAGGGUGCUGCCAACGAUAUCAUCAACCUGCUCGACUCUCGUCCUGAAAUCGAUGCCGAGUCGACCGAAGGCAAGCCAAUGCCCAACGCCGUUGGUCGUGUUGUCCUCGAUGAUAUCCACUUCCGUUACCCCACUCGUCCUGGUGUUCGUGUUCUCCGCAACCUAAACCUCGUUGUAGAGCCUGGCACAUAUAUUGCUCUCGUCGGUGCUUCCGGAAGCGGCAAGUCGACCGUCAUUCAACUCAUCGAGCGCUUCUACGAUCCUCUCGCUGGCAAAGUCACUCUCGACGGGCAAGACAUCUCCGAGCUGAACGUUCAAGAGUACCGCAAGCACAUCGCCCUUGUCUCCCAGGAGCCCACUCUCUACUCUGGUACUAUCAGGUUCAACAUUCUUCUGGGCGCCAACAAACCCCACGAUCAAGUCACCCAGGCCGAGAUCGAGCAAGCUUGCAGGGACGCAAAUAUUCUUGACUUUAUCAACGGUCUUCCCCAGGGCUUUGAUACCGAGGUCGGUGGAAAGGGCAGUCAGCUUUCCGGUGGUCAGAAGCAACGUAUUGCCAUUGCUCGUGCUUUGCUUCGCAACCCCAAGGUCCUUUUGCUCGAUGAGGCUACCUCUGCAUUGGACUCGACUUCCGAGAAGGUUGUACAGGCUGCUCUCGACAACGCCGCCAAGGGACGCACGACGAUCGCUAUUGCUCAUCGUUUGUCGACUAUUCAAAACGCUGACAGGAUUUACUACAUCAAAGAUGGCAAGGUCGCCGAAGCCGGCACCCAUGACGAGCUCUUGGCACUUCGUGGUGGAUACUUCGAAUUGGUGCAAUUGCAAGGAUUGAGCGCGACGAACUAA